AUGUCUGCUGAAAAGCAGCUGGACGCUGCACAGAAAUUCCUACGUGGAAUUACCUCCUUGGCUUCCUACGCGGAAGUCAGGGAGAAGCAGGCGCUUGGAGCGCAGCGUUCGCUUGAAAAGGUUGCAGCUUUUACUGUUGCUCAAGCGGCAACAUGGCUAGGAGCCUUGCAGGAAGAAUUGUGGUCCACUGCCCAAGUGGCAACCUUUCGUGAGAUCGUGGCACAGAAGGCAAGGCCUGUAGAGGCAGACAACAGCAAGGCGGCGACGCAAGAUUUUACCUUGCUUCCGUUCUAUCUUACCGAUGAGCUGGGGCAGGACAUUGGCAAUCCAGCCGUGGAUUCAGAUCGUUUGUUGUAUAGGCUGUGUCAGCAUGCUGCGAAGAUGUCAUUGCGAAAUGCAUCGGAAGCAACGAAAGCAACCUUGGUGGUCAUGUCGAAAUGGAUCGCCUGCAACCGUGGUCUGACACCAAAGGAGCAGUAUGAGUUGUAUUGUCGUCACAAGCCGUUGGUGACGAAGUACUUGGUGGGUGUCGCCAGUGGCAAGUAUCUCUUAGAUUUGCCGUUGGAUUCGCAGGAUUUGGACGAAGGUAUUCGGACGCGUGUGUUUCCUACGGGGAAGCCACAGCAGUGUGCCAUGGCACAAGACAUUCGUGAUUACGUAUGCCAUAUGCCUUUGCGGAAGGACAAUCGUCUUUUGGUUGGUGACACCCAAGUGGUGUCAGCCAGCAGGGUUUCUGGCGGAGGCGGGAUGGCAGUGGAAGAUUUUUGCAAAGUUCUGGAAGCAUGCAGUAAAACGUUGCAACCGCAUCAUGAGAGGAUGCAAUCGUGCCCGUUAAAUUCUUCGAAUGCAAAUGGAACAAGUGGAGAAAGCCAGGCAUCUCUCUUGGCGAUUUGCGAUCGCCCAAGGGCGGAGGAGGAGGUAGUGACCCUUCCUAAGGAGGAAGAACAGUCACAGCCCAAACCGCUCACCAUGACAGUGGAAGAUCAGUUAGCGGCAUUGCGGCAGGAUUUGCCUCCUUCAGCGGGACUCAAGCGGCCCGCAGCGUCUUUGCCAAGUGCAAAGGUGCCGAAGGCGAAGGGAAGGCCACGCAAGGUUUGCCCCGGUCAGGUUCCGAGCAAGCAAGGAGCCGUGAAAAAGGUUUUGAAGAGACCAGCGGCUGCACAGGCAGCUGCCGUUGUUCCAGGCCCAGCAACCUCACGGGGAGCAGGGUCACGAAAGAGUAGCGCUGUGUCGACACGGGACACGCGUGCUCUGGCUCUGUCACGCGCAGAGCGGCGAGAGCGGGUGAUGGCGCUUGUGCCACGCGCCAAGCGGCAAGAAUACAAGGGUGGCUGUGCCAAAUGCAGAUUCACCGCGGGAUGUACGCCAUCUUGCUGGCGUGAGCGGUUUUUGGCUCGAGUUUGUGUGGGUCGCGCGUGGGCCGGCCGGAAGGGGAGCCGCUGGACUAGGCAGGUUCUCAUGGCGCCGAAGAAGGAUGUGAAGGAAGAGAACGACGACUCGGAGUACACGUACUUGACAGAGGAGGAAGAGGAAGAGCCGGAACCUUUGCCGCCCACGAAGGCACCUGCUCCGGUCUCACCGAACGAAAAGGCCGCGGUGGCAGCUGUGCGCGUCUACGAGGCGCGGGCAGCGAAGGAUGCGGCGUCAAGCAGUGAUGACCGUGGGCCACGUGCUCGCGGCGCUGCCUCCCCAAGUCCGGCGCGCCGGGCACGGCGCGAGCGGUCACCGGAAGCGGAGCCGCGUAGGUCGCGGGUGCCGGAUCGGCGCGACCAUCGAGAGACAGCGCCGUUUCCGUCCUUACCACCUCCCGCUCCGGGUUUGCCACCGCCACCUCCUCCGGAGUCGCCACGGCGGAAUUGGAUGACCAAGUGUCGUAAGCAGCGGUGCCCGCAUUGCUGGCAGAAGGUGGGCUCCGGAGGUUCCACUUCGGGCAUGUCCCAACAUAUGUACUGGAAUGAGCUGUGUCUGGCGUGGCAAUGUUACGGAGAUGGGACGCGGUGCUCCUGGGACGAAGCGGUCGGCCGAGCCCAUGAGGUGAAGCUGGCCAGAGAGCGAGAGGAAUAUGCUGAGCUCGGCGAGGCGGUCAUGCCAGCUCGCUCGCGCCAGCAGCGCCAAGCCAAGGAGGAAGCAAAGGAAAAGGGACGUUCGGGGCAUGAGGGUCUUCCACGUGAAGAGACGGAGAAGCGCCAGGAGCAUCAAGGGGGCCAUGCGGAUGAUCCACGCGAUCUCCCGGAGAAGGCGGAGAAGGUGCGUCGGCGCCGUGCAGAUAUCCCACGGGAACGCGACGAGAAGGGGGAGACGGGGCGUCGCCGAAAGCACAAGAAGCAUCGUCACCGCCGCCGCUCCCCAUCACCUGAUGUUCGUGCCGGACCUAAGGGUCCCAAGGAGCCGCCGUCGGACGAUGAAGAUCGAGACACGGGUCCGGCUAAGCGCCGGACCGCUCCGGACGAAGUAUGGAUCAAAGUGCCACGACGAGAGCCGAGCAAAAAGACCGGGAUGGCAUGGGACGUCUCCGAUCUGCCAUUCCGCAGCAACCCUUUGGGGACUUUUCUGCUACGUGGAGCAAAGUCCAACAUUGUCUUGACUCUGCAGCUGAAUGGGCUUGCGCGCACGGACGCGCUGACCAGUGCAGAGUGCUGA